AAAACUUAGUUGAAUUAAUUUAAACAAUACAUUGAAAUAAAUUAUGGUCUCUUUUGUACCAAAAAAGAAUCCCUCCCACAGCCUCACCCUCUAUAAGUCCCUUCAUCCAUUGCUCUCUAAGGAAACCUUUAAGCAUCAAGAAUCAGUGUUUAGUUUUAGCUUUAACCGCGAUGGGGCUUGAUGAUAUUUGUAACACUGCCCUAGGUCUCGGCCUAGGCUGCCUUGUCAAGCAAGAAAACAUUUCGCAGUUGGAUCAUCAUCAACAAAAGAAGCAGCAGUUGUUCCUCAAACAUGACCACUUUUCACCAUCUCUUCUUUCUCUAGCUCCAUCGUAUGACACAUGCGCUAUUAUUGAUGCCUACCAACAACAAGCCUCAUCUCUCAGUGCAGCAUCUUCGUUUUCAAACUCGAGUGUUAAGAGAGAGAGAGAUUUAGGUGGUGAAGAGGUAGAAUUGGAGAGAAUUUGUUCAAGGGUGAGUGAUGAAGACGACGAAGGUAGCCCCAGAAAGAAACUUAGGCUCACCAGACAACAAUCUUCCAUUUUAGAAGACAAAUUCAAACAACACAGCACUCUCAGUCCUAAACAGAAGCAAGCUUUAGCUGUGGAGCUGAAUCUAAGGCCACGCCAAGUGGAAGUAUGGUUCCAAAAUAGGAGAGCCAGGACAAAGCUUAAACAGACUGAAGUGAACUGUGAGUUACUGAAGAAAUGUUAUGAAACACUAACGGAGGAGAACAAGAGGUUGCAGAAGGAAGUGGAAGAGCUUAAAUCAUUGAAAGUAACAGCUCCAUGCUAUAUGCAGGUGGGAGCAGCUACCCUCACCAUGUGCCCUUCCUGUGAGAGGGUUGACAAUGUGGGUGAAAAUCCUUCCACCACCCUUUUUACCUUGGGACAGAAAUCUCAUUUCAUCACUCCCUUCACUCACCCAUCUGCAGCUUGUUAGGCCUACUUAUUGUGACCAUCACAUAUAUGAACUGAAUGUAGAGAUUAAAUGUUACUAGAUAUAUAUCUAUAUGUUUGUUGUAUAAAUUAAAUAUUAAUUUGUACAUUGCAAAAACUGAGAUGAGUAUCGUUGUUCCUCUCUUUCGAAAUCAAACUCCUAUGUUUUUUUAUAAUAA